UAGAGUGCUUACUUUGCACUUUGCCACAGCCAGUCGAGUAAUGCACAGUGGAGAGAGAUCCUCUCUUUCAAAUCCCAGGGCAGCAGGCCAAGCCAGGCUAGUAUUGCAUUUUCAAUUAGCUUCUGAGUGAAUGCUUGGCAUGUGCAGAAGGGAAUCGGCACACAAUUAGCGUUUUUGUUCCUUUCAGCAUCACUCCGGAGGGCUUGAAGGGCCGGAGGAGGAAGAGUACGAGCAAGCGACUCCAGACAGAGGGACGGCUACUGGCGGAUGUGGGAGCAGGGAGUUUCUUGGGCCAAGCUGCUCCACUCCGCUACCUCAGGAAUUACAGCUGUUAUUAUUAAGCAGCUUCAGGGCGUGUGCCAGGGGGUAAUUGCAGGCACAAUAUCCUCCUCCUCCUUUUUUUACUUUCAGGCAGUGCUGGGCUCUUUUUGCUUCAGCAUCCCCAUCCUCACAGUCAUGGAGCCAAACAGCCCCAAAAAGAUACAGUUCGCUGUACCAGUAUUUCAAAGUCAGAUAGAUCCCGAAGCAGCGGAACAGAUUAGGAAAAGAAGGCCUACACCAGCGUCAUUAGUAAUUAUGACUGAUUCACCACCAGAAAUAGAUGAAAAAAGAAUGAACAACAACUCCCAAGAUGAAUCACAGAACGCCUCUCCGAAACAGAGGAAGCAGAGUGUCUAUACUCCUCCUGCCAUGAAAGGGAUUAAACAUAUAAAAAAGCAGAAUGAUGCAGCAUUCCCAGAGGAAGAUGAAGGAGACAAUGAAAGAGAUGAGGAGUGGAGCCCAUAAUUGACACCAGGCAUCUGUGGAAGAGCCUUCAUUGUCACUAACUGAACUGCUAACAUUUCUGUCCUUACAAUGGAACUCCAUUGCGUAUAUUCCUGACCAGUCUUCAUCUCCGUAUCCAGAGGAGGAGAUGGAUUUUAUGGGAAGAAUUUACGGCACAUAGCAGAAUUGGUGUAUAUUAUCUUAUAUCUGAAGACAACAAUUUCUUUUGUAAUAACUUUACUUUGUUGGGGGGAAUUACUUCAAAUAUAUACUUUGCAACAUCUUGAGGCCUCUGUCACUAGUGCUGCCAAAGCUUAAAUUCUAAAUGUGAGCUGCAGUCUGAGAUCAGUUGUAAAUAAUGCAGAUUUAAAUGCAACAAAAUAAAUACAGCAUACAUUUAAAAUAAA